UCCCUAAAUCAAAAAUGGCAUCAAACUAUUGGAAUGCAAUUUGGACAAGAAGUUCGCUCUGGUGUCAAACAGUUGUCCUUAAUAAUCAACUUUCUGUUGUCAAUAAUUGCAACUUUCACAUUUGGUUACAUUGCAUCAAAGUAUGCUUUUCCUUCCGUUGCUGUGGGAGUGAUUAUUGGAGUUUUGUUGGCAUUUAUCGUAGCAAUUGCUGAAUUGUAUUUCAUGGCUAGAGUGGAGAUUUGA